AUGACGCACCUGGACACGUCUGGGCCCCGUGCAGAAAUCAACGUCGGAUCGAUGGCGUCGGGGACGGAAUGUGAUUUCCGCACAGGUCGGGCCAGAAGCGCCACCAUCAGCACGGCACUCACCCAUUCGCGUCGCUGACGGCGCUAGCGUCUGCCGUCUGCGAAAUGAAGCUGCCCUAUGUGCUGCUUUUGAGACGGAACGUCCUGCGACGAGAAAUAUCAAAUGAAGCGGCCAAGAUGCGCGGCUCGGCGUCGCACGCCGCGACGGCCGCCGCUGCAGCCGACCUCCGGCGCUUCCGGCCGUCGAUACGCAUCCACGGGCUCGUAGAGCGCAUCGCGAACGAGUACGACCAGAACGAGCGCCUCGCGUCGCUGUUUCGGAAUCGCUGCGGCGACGCGCGGCUCCACUGGUACGAGGAAGUCGUCGACCGGCCCGAAGUGUGGGCGACGAUCAUGUACCAGCUGGGGCUCUGGCCGGCGCCGGACGCGAGUCGCCUGCGGACAAUGACGCUCAAGAACACGACGCACGUCGUGCAUGGAGCUCUCCCGGUUCGGAGUCUCAUCUCGAAUUACGACAAGGUCGCGCGGGCUUUGCGGCCGACGAAGUUUAAGUGGAUGUUGGAAUAG